GUCUCCGUCAGGUCCAGAGCAUACUGACCCAGAGCAGCAAGUCUCGGCCCGACGGGAUCCUCUGCAUCCUAGGAAUUGAUAGCAGGUACAAUGAAGGCUGCAGAGAGCUGGCAAAUUAUCUUCUGUUUGGCUUAUACAACCAGAAUACAAGUGAUUUUGAGAAAACAGGAUUUUCUGAAGAAGUUCUAGAUGAUGUAAUCAUAUUGAUUAAAUCAGAUAGUGUCCAUCUGUACUGUAAUCCUAUAAAUUAUCGCUACCUCUUACCUUAUGUGGCACAUUGGCGAAAUCUGCAUUUCCACUGCAUGACCGAAAAUGAGUAUGAAGAUGAGGAAGCUGCAGAAGAAUUUAAAAUUGCCAGCUUUGUAGAUAUGGUUCGAGACUGUAGUAGAAUUGGCAUUCCUUACAGCUCCCAAGGUCACUUGCAGAUAUUUGAUAUGUUUGUGGUGGAGAAGUGGCCAAUUGUACAGGCCUUUGCACUUGAAGGCAUUGGAGGGGAUGGGUUUUUUACCAUGAAAUAUGAGUUGCAGGAUGUGAGUUUGAAUCUAUGGAAUGUCUACAGCAAGAUGGAUCCUAUGUCCCUGGAGAAUUUGCUUUCAGAAGAUUUGGUGGCUUUUGAACAUCAGUGGACUAGCUUCUUUGCCAAUUUUGACACAGAAAUUCCUUUCCUGCUGGAACUCUCAGAAUCUCAAGCUGGCGAGCCAUUCAGAAGUUACUUCAGUCACGGGAUGAUCUCCAGCCAUAUAACUGAAAACAGUCCUAAUAGGCAGCCGUUUGUUCUCUUUGGUAAUCACUCCACACGAGAAAACCUGAAUGCUGGCAACUUUAACUUUCCUUCUGAGGGGCACCUGGUACGCAGCACUGGUCCCGGCGGGAGCUUUGCCAAGCACAUGGUAGCACAGUGUGUCUCACCAAAGGGACCGCUUGCUUGUUCAAGAACAUACUUUUUUGGAGCUACUCAUGUUCCUUACUUGGGUGAUGCCAGCAAGCUGCCGAAGAAAACUGAACAGAUUAGGCUUUUGUCCCAGGUAUAUGCAGCAGUUAUUGAGGCUGUUUUGGCUGGCAUUGCAUGUUACGCUAAAACUUCCAGUCUAACAAAGGCCAAGGAGUUAGCAGAGCAGACUCUGGCCUCUGGGUUAGAUUCUUUUGAGUCAAAUCAGUUUAAGACAGCCAUAUGCUCCAAGAUGAGUUUUCAUAUCCAUGCUGUGAAUAAUCAGGGACGAAUUGUGCCUCUGGACAGUGAUGAUAGCUUAUUCUUUGUGAAGACGGCUUGUAUGACUGUCUACGAUAUUCCUGACUUGCUGGGAGGAAAAGGGUGCUUAGGAUCUGUGGUCUUCUCAGAAUCAUUUUUGACAUCACAGAUCUUAGUUAAAGAAAAGGAUGGCACUGUUACUACAGAAACCAGCUUCAUAGUGCUGACAGCCGCCAUACCCAGAUUCUGCUCCUGGCUGGUAGAAGAUAAUGAAGUAAAAUUAUCUGAGAAAACUCAGCAAGUGAUGAGGGGGGACGAAUGUUUCCUGGGUACUUUUCUGACAGGAGGAGAAGGAGCUUAUCUUUAUACCAGCAGUCUACAGUCCUGGCCUGAAGAGGGGAGUGUGCAUUUCUUCUCUAGUGGCCUUCUGUUUUCUCACCGUCAUCAUGGAAGUAUCAUCAUUUCUAAGGAUCACAUCAAUUCCGUUUCCUUCUAUGAUGGGGAUUCCACCAGUGUUGUUGCUGCUCUUCUUAUAGACUUCAAAAGCUCCUUGCUUCCUCAUCUCCCAGUUCAUUUCCAUGGAUCCAGCAGUUUUCUGAUGAUUGCCCUUUUCCCCAAAUCAAAGUUAUACCAAGCAUUUUACUCAGAGGUCUUCUCCCCCUGGCAACAGCAGGAUAACUCAGGGCUCUCUUUAAAAGUGAUCCAGGAAGAUGGAUUAUCUGUGGAACAAAAGAGAUUGCACUCCAGUGCACAGAAGCUCUUCAGUGCCCUGAGCCACCCUGCUGGGGAGAAGUGGAGCUCUCUGAAGCUACUCUCAGCCAAACUCCCAGAGCUGGACUGGUUUCUCCAGCACUUCGCUGUCGGCAGCAUUAGUCGAGAGCCGGUGAUGCGCACCCAUCUCCCUAUCCUGCUGCAGCAAGCCGAAAUGAAUCUUGCUCCCAGAGUGGAAAAUGACAAGGUAAUUAUCAACAUCGUAACUGGUCUCCCAGGCUGUCAUGCCAGCGAGCUCUGUGCUUUUCUGGUCAAUCUGCAUAAGGAAUAUGGCAGGUGGAUGGUGUACCGCCAAGUCAUGGACAGCUCCGAAUGUUUCCAUGCGGCCCACUUCCAGAGAUACCUUUCCAGUGCCCUGGAGGCGACCCGCCCCCCCCGCCAGUCAGCCUACAUCCGCAAGAAGACCAGACUACUCGUGGUGCUACAAGGCUACACAGAUGUUAUUGAUGUGGUCCAAGCCCUGCAGACCCACCCCGAUGCCAAUGUCAAGUUGUCCUUCACCAUUGGUGCCAUCACAGUGUGCGUGGAACCCCUGAGCUGCUACAUGGAGCACAGAUUUCUGUUUCCCAAAUGUCUUGACCAGUGUUCACAAGGCCUGGUGAGUAAUGUGGUGUUCACCAGUCAUACCACGGAGCAGAGGCACCCUCUCCUUCUUCAGCUGCAGAACCUCAUCAGGGCUGCCAAUCCUACUGCAGCCUUCAUUCUCGCAGAAAAUGGGAUCGUCACCAGGAAUGAAGACAUCAAGCUGAUUCUCUCAGAAAACAGUUUUUCAAGUCCUCAGCUGCUACGAUCUCGAUAUUUGAUGUACCCUGGCUGGUAUGAAGGCAAAUUUGAUACUGGAUCAGUCUUUCCACUAAUGGUUCAGAUCUGCGUAUGGUUCGGUCGUCCCUUGGAGAAGACUCGCUUUGUGGCCAAGUGUAAAGCGAUUCAGUCCUCCAUCAAGCCAAGUCCCUUCUCUGGAAACAUCUACCACAUCCUGGGCAAAGUAAAAUUUUCAGAUUCUGAGAGGAUCAUGGAGGUCUGCCACAAUACUCUGGCCAACUCCUUGAGCAUCGUGCCGGUAUUGGAGGGGCCCACGCCACCACCCGACUCCAGAAGCAUCGCCCAAGACAGCAGCGGGCAGCAGGAGUGCUACCUCGUGUUCAUCGGCUGCUCCCUGAAGGAAGACGGCGUCAAGGACUGGCUGCGGCAGUCCGCUAAGCAGAAGCCUCAGAGGAAAGCCCUGAAGACCAGGGGGAUGCUGACCCAGCAGGAGAUCAGGAACAUCCACGUGAAACGCCACCUGGACCCCCUACCUGCAGGCUACUUUUAUAAUGGCACCCAGUUUGUUAACUUCUUUGGUGACAAGACGGACUUUCACCCACUGAUGGACCAGUUCAUGAAUGACUAUGUGGAAGAAGCCAACCGGGAAAUCGAGAGAUACAAUCGUGAGCUGGAGCAGCAGGAGUACCAUGACCUCUUUGAGCAAAAGCCCUAGUGGAAGGCUGGGCCCAUACGUCCUGUAGGGCACCCACCCUGAAGAUGGACUAAUGGGCUGUCGGAGCCAGCUCUCCUGGAGGCCCCUCCUGAAGGGGCUGUCUUUGUUCUUGGCCCGUGUGUGCUGGCUCCAGUGCAUGCUGUCUUUAUUCCCUAUACAGUGCUGAAGAGCAUCACCUGUGCCAUGGAUUUGGGGGUGGGGGUUCCUCAAGGGUGAGCAGACAGGGACUGCCCUGUGUGUGGCUGGCAGUCCAGACCUCUGGGUUUCUCAUGACAGUAUCUCCUCUGAGCUGUUGAGGCAUUUCUUGAGAGUGGAUGAAGAAAGCAUUUGAAUUGCCCAGAGAGGAGCCACCAGGACUUAGGAGGAGCCCUAGCUGCUGGAACUGUGGCCAUGCCUGCAGGAUCAGGCCAUCACAGGCUUCAGGUGCUGCCCCAGAGCAGCCCUCAUUCCCAGGGAAUGCCUGCCUACCCUGCUUAGACCCCUUCCAUUGAAGGAGCUAGUCCUACUGGCCCUGGGCCCAGUCUUGGAGGAGCAGCACAAGCCUAGCCCACAGGUCCUGCCCUUGGGCAGAGAUCAUCAAUUUGUUCUGCCACAGGUGGAUUUCCCUGGGCACAACGAGGGCAAUGCAUGCUGCUUUCUGGAAGUCUGUGGCUCUUCAGUUGACAUAAGCAGUACUCUUGUGAUGGGUUCUUGAGCUCUCCUGUGGCAUCACUCGAGCAUCCCUAGUUCAGGGACAGAAGCAGCCUGCUCCCCAACUCCCCCAACCACACUUCGCUACUGGGGGAGCGCCCUGCAACUGGUUAGUCUUAGACUUGGGGUCUGAUUGCUUGUGGGGUGUCAGGUUCUAGCACCUAGCCCUCCCCAGCCUUGCCAGGGAAGGCUUGCUUUUCAGCCACAACCUGCAGGAAACUCAUGUUCCCCACCCCCACCCUGAACAUUGUUGCUGGCCCUGGACUUGUUUGGAUCCUGAAGAUCAGGAAUGUCAAAUAAUUCCAAUACCCAAAUUAGGAUUCCUUCCAGCGGCUUUGUUUUCAGCUGGACCAUAAAGCAGAGGGAAUUGCAAGUGUGUCCCACGCCUGACCUUCAUAGUGGGGGCUGGGGAGGCCCAGGCACUGAUACUUGGGUGAUGUCUGUUAAGACUUCAGCACCUUGGCUGCCUAGAUUGUAAAUGUGUUCUGAAUUUCACAUAUUUUUUGCAUGCCUUAGGAAGAAGCACAUAGGUGAAACCAGCAAAGUUUUCAGUAAUGUAGAGGGGUUUUGAGAAAAGCCCCUGAUGCAGAGGAGAGACAGGAUGGAGCACCCGUGGCCUGUGGGCCUGGUCACACAGGCCUGCAUGCAGGCAAAGCAGUUGUCAAGGGCUUGUCAGUAAAACAUACUUGGAUUAGAGCAAAAAUGAUUUGUAUUUAAAGCCAAAUGAACAAAAUUCCAACUACAAUUCAAUAUGAAGUCUUGUAUCAAGAAUGGCUUCUGAAAAAGCCCAUGUGCUCCAGUCCCAGCACUCAAAGCCACUGGUGACAAAGGCCCGACCGUGGAGCCCAAGUCUGAGAGUCCCUGACUUCUGGCUGGCCAGAGGCCAGGAUCAGUGAAGAGCCUGCCUCUGCUUCAGAACAAUAACAUAGAUCUUAAGUGCAAUUGAUUAAUAAGCAAUGAGUUACUGUAGCUUCCUUUAGGUCUACCGAGCUCUUUUUAAAAACUCGAACUUGAGCAGCCUUAGAAAAGGGGUGGGGGUGGGGGUGGGGAGACAAAGGCCAUUUCCUCCAGGUGGGUACUGUGAACUUUCAAUGCAAGCUCUAGGUCUGGGGCUUGAGCCAUUUCCCAGCUGCCCUGGCCUGGCAGCCUGGCUGCUGCACAAGAGUUUUUAAAGAGGGGCCGGAGCCCGCCCAUCGGAGCGGGUCCUCCCACCUCAUGGGGCUGUCCUGUGUGGUGGUCUUGGUUUCCGACCAUCGUCCAUAGAAAUGCCCUCUCACCAACCUGCCCCACUGUCCCAGUCCCUCUCCUCUUAGAGGGAAAACUGAUUACCUCAACUUGAAUAUGAAACUGUGAUUGAAAGAAAUCAAAACAAUAAGAAUUAUCAAAGCCAAAAAGGCAAAACCUGGCUGAGGCCUCUACAGACGCUCCUCAGCCUGCUUGGGAGUGUGAAGGGGCACACUGGCGAAAGGGCAUUCCUCAGGGUGCACCAGCGGUGCACCAUGUGGGCUCUUCGAGGACUGAGGCCAGGAGGAUGCAUCCUCCUCCACUGCCCUCCGGACCUGCAGGGCCUCUGGGUUCUGACUGUGAAGAGUAAUACCCACUUGAUUCCUCUGGGCAGCGCUCCAAGUAGGGAAGCAGGGCCUACAGGAGUCUCCAGAGGAAGGGCCAUGACACUGUGUUUUAACUUUUGGCCUUAGUGGAUAGCAGGGACCCAGGGCUCCUAGGGCAGGCGGAAGUCCUCCAGGGGCUUACAUGCUUUUGCCAACUUUCCUGUUAGCAGCUUCAGUUUUCUAUCACCCAGAGUGAGUGUGAUAACGUCGAAGUCGCUGAAGUUAUGGGUUGUUUUAUGUUUUGAUGUGGGGUUUUCUUUUUCUGAUUGGAAGAAGGAGGCAGAAAUUGGAGAAGAUGGGAUUAUCUGUGAAGGGGCCACUGGCAAGAGUCACCUUGGCCCCUCUGAGCCCUGGGGGCUCUCUGACCUGAGGCCUGGAGCCUGGGCUUUCAGGUUGCAGGAAAAAGUUCCCUCCUAAAUUCUAUUGGGAUUUUGGAGAAUUUUUGCACAGUAAUAAGCUCUGGGUUGCUCUUUGAGCUUCUCAAAAGGGAAAAGUUUAACUCAAAGAUUGUAAACUAUUAAGUAUUCCAGCCAAGUUGCUGACCUAGUUGGAUCGUUGUACCUCAAAAAGUAGGUGAGAAAUGGCUUCCUCAUUGUCCCAGGGUGUCAAAUACUAAUGACAUAAGAGCUCACUUAUGUGCCAAAAUUCACUUUUAUACUAGUUUUUCAGUGCUUUAAUAUUUGUAACUUAAAUUUUAAAACUCAUAUUUACGGACACUACUGUAACUUCAGUGAAACUGAAUUGUGUGAUUGAAGCUUUUUGCUUAUUAUAGUAUUUAUUACACUACUUAAUUCAGUAAAUAUAUAAAACUAGGCUUCAAUUUAUUUUUAUAUUAUUUUACAUGUUUUUACCUGCAGUCAUGUUUGUGAACUUACCUUGGUAAUUGAGAUGUAAUGCUAAGGACCAAUAAAGUAUCACCGAGCAGCAAGGCCUGCCAUUGUUGCUGUCCUGUGGUCUCUGUCUCUUUGUGAGGGGAGACAAGGUUGAAAAAAGACUGGGGACCUUCCCGCAGCCUGCAGCUGAAAUACCUCUUUGGAGCUGCUGCAGGAGUCAUCCCGGGCCUCAGAAUCCCUGCAUCCUCCUCACUGAGCUGCAAGGCCGGUCUCUACUCAGCUUCCCUAUGUGACCUGAGAGAAGCAGGACUUCAGCCCUCCCUAACAGCCCCUGC